CCCAAACAGAAACAAAGCUCAAAGAACAACAAAACCCCAGCAGCAGAGAAGCUGUUGGAGUCCUCGUCCUCAUCGCCGCACUGGUAGCUGACCAUCUGCUGUGGAUACUGUCCCUGUCAGAUGUCAAUGGCUGCUUCUUCUUCUUCCUCUUCCUCGUGGAAGUACGACGUCUUCCUGAAUUUCAGAGGCGAAGACACUCGCAAGAUCUUCGUCGGCCAUCUCUACAGAGCUCUGGAUCAGAAAGCAAUCAACACCUUCAUCGAUGCGGAAAAGCUCAGAAAAGGCAACGACCUUUCGGAACUCCUUUCAGCCAUCGAAGAGUCAAGGAUUUCGAUCGUGGUUUUCUCCCAGAACUACGCUUCUUCGACGUGGUGCUUGAAAGAACUGGUCAAAAUCCUGGCCUGCAUGGAUACAAAGAAGCAUAUAGUGGUGCCGAUCUUCUACCAAGUCGAUCCGUCUGAAGUUCGUAAGCUCAAGAGAAGUUUUGCAGAAGCUUUUGAUCAACACGAACGCGAAUCGAGUGCCGAAAUGGAAGAGGUGAAGAGCUGGAGGUCCGCACUAACCAGAGCCACCAAUUUAUCCGGAUGGGAUUCGCGAAAAUACGAGGAUGAUGCCAAGCUUAUUGAGGAAAUUGUGGAUGACAUAUUUAAGAGAUAUAUCCAAGUCUCGUCAAGCAAAGAUAAUGGCUUGGUUGGAAUGGAUUACCACAUAGAUGCAGUGAAUUCACUAUUACGUCCUGGGGUGGAUGAUGUUUUCACUGUUGGAAUAUGGGGUAUGGGAGGAAUAGGCAAAACCACCAUCGCUGGCGCUGUUUACGAUGAAAUCGCUUGUCAAUUUGAAGCUUGCUGCUUUCUCGAAAAUGUCAAGGAAGGCUUCUCGAAGAAUGGUGCAGUACAUAUGCAGGAAGUGCUUCUUUCUAGAAUCUUGAAGGAAAAGGUGCAGAGUUUAGGCACGUUAGAUCGAGGUUCCAGAGUGAUAAUGGAAAGGCUACAAAGGAAAAAAGUUUUCAUUGUUCUUGAUGACGUUGAUGAAUUAUCCCAAAUCGAAGCCUUACUUGGAAAGCAGCAUUCAUUUGGUGGUGGAAGUCGGGUCAUUAUAACAACUAGAGAUAAACAAUUAUUAAGUGGAGCUGGUGCUGUAUAUAAGCCCGAGAACUUAAGUGAGCCAGAAGCUCUUAAACUCUUCUACCAGUAUGCCUUCAGAACAAUCCAACCCACCCGAAAUUAUGGUCAGCUCUCAAGGCGUGCCAUACAAUAUGCUCAAGGUCUGCCUUUAGCACUCAAAGUGUUGGGAGCUUUUCUUGAUAACAAAACUGUGCCCGAGUGGGUAGAUGAGUUGGAAAAAAUAAGGAAAAUCCCGCAAAAGGGAAUUCAUAAUGUGCUUAAAACGAGCUUUGAUGGACUAGAUGAGUCAGACAAGGACAUCUUUCUAGAUAUUGCAUGUUUCUUGAAAGGAAUGGAUAUAGACAGUGCAAAAAAAAGUCUGGACAGUUGUGGCUUAUAUCCCCAUCGUGGAAUAAGAGUUCUAAUCGACCGAGCUCUCAUAUCUGUGUCAAAGUGGGGGGAACUGGUGAUGCAUGAUUUACUAGAGGAAAUGGGUCGGGAAAUCGUUCGCCAAGAAUGUAUCAAAGAGCCUGGGAGAAGAAGUAGGUUGUGGAGUUAUGAAGAUGUUCGUCAUGUGCUGACUCAAAAAACAGCUACAGAAGCAAUUGAAGGCAUAAUCCUGGAUUCAGCAAUCUUUAAAGAGAGAUGCUCAAAUACUGAAGCAUUUGUUAGUAUGACAAAACUAAGACUGCUCAUGAUACGUGAUGGUUACUUUGACGAAUAUGGGUUUGUAUCCGAGGAUUCAUUUGACAGUCAAACUUCAACUGAAGCAGAAGAUGAGCUUGCAUUCGGGGAUUCAUUUGACAAUCGAGCUCCACAUGAUUGCUUCAUAAAACACUGGAUUGCGGACUUAAAGUUCCAAAGUUCUCAGUUGAGGUGUCUCAUCUGGCGUGGUUGCCCCCUCAAGUCUUGGCCAUCCAACUUCCAGUUCAAGAAUCUUGUAAACCUUGACAUGAGCAAUAGUCGCAUCGAACGACUUUGGAAGGGAGCUGAGCCUCUGGAAAAGUUGAAAUCUAUCAACUUAAGUGAUUGUGGAUACCUUAAGAAAACCCCCGACUUCACAAAGGCUACAAGUCUUGAGGAACUAAAUUUUGAAGGUUGUACAGGGUUAUAUGAGGUUGACCCAUCUAUUUCAGCUCUGAAAAGCCUUGCUAUAUUGAAUCUAGGAGGCUGUGAAGAACUCAAGAGCCUGCCGAGCAGUAUUCAUAUGGGAUCUCUUCAAACCCUUAAUCUUUUUGGUUGCUCAAACCUUGAGAAGUUUCCAGAUAUUUCAGAUGUUAUGGAGAAUCUAUCAGAGUUAUAUUUACAAUGGACUGCCAUUAAAGAACUGCCUUCGUCAAUUAAUAAACUCACAUGCCUUACUCUCUUGGACCUACGAGGCUGUCGAGAACUCAAAAGUCUGCCGAGCAGUAUUCAUAUGGGAUCUCUUCAAACCCUUAAGCUUUCUGGUUGCUCAAACCUUGAGAUGUUUCCAAAUAUUUCGGGUGUUAUGGAGAAGCUAUCACAGCUUCAUUUAGAUGAGACGGCAAUUAAAGAACUUCCCUCCUCAAUCAAUAGUCUCACGGGCCUUACUGUUUUGAACCUAUCUAGGUGUCGAAAACUCAAGAGCCUGCCGAGCAACAUUCAUAUGGGAUCUCUUCAAACCCUUAUUCUUUCUGGUUGCUCAAUGCUUGAGAAGUUUCCAGAUAUUUCAGAUGUUAUGGAAAAGCUAUCAGAGCUUUAUUUAGAUGAGACUGCAAUUAAAGAACUGCAUUCGUCAAUUAAUAAACUGACAGGCCUUACUGUUUUGAACCUAUUUGGGUGUCGAGAACUCAAGAGUCUGCCGAGCAGCAUUCAUAUGGGAUCUCUUCAAACCCUUAUUCUUUCUGGUUGCUCAAUGCUUGAGAAGUUUCCAGAUAUUUCAGAUGUUAUGGAGAAGCUAUCACAGCUUCAUUUAGAUGAGACGGCAAUUAAAGAACUUCCCUCCUCAAUCGAUAGUCUCACGGGCCUUACUGUUUUGAACCUAUCUAGGUGUCGAAAACUCAAGAGCCUGCCGAGCAACAUUCAUAUGGGAUCUCUUCAAACCCUUAUUCUUUCUGGUUGCUCAAUGCUUGAGAAGUUUCCAGAUAUUUCAGAUGUUAUGGAAAAGCUAUCAGAGCUUUAUUUAGAUGAGACUGCAAUUAAAGAACUGCAUUCGUCAAUUAAUAAACUGACAGGCCUUACUGUUUUGAACCUAUUUGGGUGUCGAGAACUCAAGAGUCUGCCGAGCAGUAUUCAUAUGGGAUCUCUUCAAACCCUUAAUCUUUCUGGUUGCUCAAACCUUGAGAUGUUUCCAAAUAUUUCGGGUGUUAUGGAGAAGCUAUCAAAGCUUCAUUUAGAUGAGACGGCAAUUAAAGAACUUCCCAAUCAAUAGUCUCACGGGCCUUACUAUUUUGAGCCUAAGAGGCUGUCGAGAACUCAAGAGCCUGCCGAGUCUGCCAAGCAGCAUUCAAAUGGGAUCUCUUCAAACCCUUAUUCUUUCGGGUUGCUCUAUGCUUGAGAAGUUUCCAGAUAUUUCAGAUGUUAUGGAGAAGCUAUCAGAGCUUUAUUUAGACGAGACUGCAAUUAAAGAACUGCAUUCGUCAAUUAAUAAACUCACGAGCCUUACUAUUUUGAACCUAAGAGGCUGUCGAGAACUCAAGAGCAUGCCAAGCAGCAUUCAUAUGGGAUCUCUUCAAACCUUUAAUCUUUCUGGUUGCUCAGACCUUGAGAAGUUUCCAGAUAUUUCAGGUGUUAUGGAGAAGCUAUCAGAGCUUUAUUUAGACGAGACUGCCAUUAGAGAACUGCCUUCGUCAAUUAAUAAACUCACAGGCCUCACUGUUUUGGACCUAUCUCGGUGUCAAGAACUCAAGAGCCUGCCGAGCAGCAUUCAUAUGGGAUCUCUUCGAACUCUUAUUCUUUCAGGUUGCUCAAUGCUUGAGAAGUUUCCAGAUAUUUCAGAUGUUAUGGAGAAUCUAUUAGAGUUAUAUUUUGAUGGGACUGACAUUAAAGAACUGCCUUCGUCAAUUAAUAAACUCACGGGCCUUACUGUUUUGAACCUAUCUGGGUGUCAAGAACUCAAGAGCCUGCCGAGCAGCAUUCAUAUGGGAUCUCUUCAAACCCUUAUUCUUUCGGGUUGCUCAAUGCUUGAGAAGUUUCCAGAUAUUUCAGAUGUUAUGAAGAAACUAUCAAGGUUAUAUUUAGAUGGGACUGCCAUUAAAGAACUGCCUUCGUCAAUUAGUAAACUCACUGGCCUUACUGUUUUGGACCUAUCUGGGUGUCAAGAACUCAAGAGCCUGCCGAGAAGCAUUCAUAUGGGAUCUCUUCAAACCCUUAAUCUUUCUGGUUGCUCAAAACUUUGAGAAGUUUCCUGAUAUUUCAGAUUUUUUGGGGAAGCUAUCAAAGUUAUAUUUAGAUGGGACUGCAAUUAAAGAACUGCCUUCUUCAAUUUGAAAUCUUCCUGGGCUUGUUACGUUGAACCUAAGAGAUUGCAAAAAACUCAAGUCUACCAAGCAGCAUUUGUGAUCUCAAGUCCCUACACUAUCUUAGUCUCUCUGGUUGCCCAAAGUUUGAGGUGUUGGAAUUAUUGGGUAUUGCUCAUUUAUCAUUAUUGAAUACAUUAGAACUCAGCAGAACAAUUUUGAGAGCUUGCCUGCAGAAAUGAAUUGGCUUCAUUGGUUAACAAGUCUCAAAUUGGAAGGUUGCAAGGGACUGAAAUCAAUACCAGAGAUUUCAUCAACUAUAAGGUUCAUAGAUGCCCAUGAUUGCACAGCUUUGGAAUCUGUUUCAACACCAAGCAAGUUUUUUCCCAAGAAUCUUUACUUGACAUUUUCAAACUGCUUCCAGCUGGUGCAAAAUCUAUUUGAAGAUGUUGUGGAAGCUCAUCAGGGUAAUCUGCAACCUCUUUCCUUGUUUAUGUAUCUUCCUGGAAGUAAACUUUCAGAUUGGUUCAGCCAUCAGUGUAGCAGAUCUUCUGUAACUGUGCAUCUACCACAGUCUAGGAUCAUAAGAUUUUAGGAUUCGCUGUGUGCGGUGUUACCAAGUUCAAGUAUGCACAUUAUGCAUCUGAUCUAUCUGCUCUGUGUUUUUGUACCUUCAAAGGAGAGCAUGCAUGGCGAGCGCGGUUUCUGCUUUGAUUUGCUUGAUUUGAGCAUCACAAGAGGCAGGUUACUUGAGUCAGAUUAUGUGAUUCUGGGGCACCAGUUCAGCAGCAUCGCGUCAGAAGGAGUGGAGUUCGUCUCUUUUAUGCCAACUGUGAGGGGGUGCAUAAUCUCUUUUACGCCAAUUGUGAAAGGAAGCUAAUUGUAAGCCCGUGUGGUCCCUUUUAUCCCAAAUUUGAGGUGGUGCGUUAUUGAAGCAUGAUACAGCCGGAUCAAUUCCACUUUCAAGAACAACACUAUCAUCAUGAGAAUUCUGAAGCCGAACUUCGUGCUUUUGGAAAAUCACUGGUAAGAGUUGCUCAUUCUGAGAGGAACCGUGAGGGGUGUUGCUAUAACGAGGGUGAACAAAUUGGAAGUGAUACCUCUGACGCAGAGGAUUUGUAUUCUAAAAGAUUGGUACUUCCUGAUGGGGCAAGGGAAAACUGAAGAGAACAAUCCCUCUGUGUUGGAUUUGAUGGCUCAGUUCUGUUGGGUCUCGACCCUUUCUACGCGGACCUAAACCCAAACUUAUGUGGCUCUUUAGUUGGCAUAUGCGGAUCACAUGCUAGGUCUUUUUAGUGCUCGUAUAUAAAGCCUCGCAUUGUGCAAUUUGGAUGAGACGGUGGGACAUGGGAAUAGAAGCAGCAGCAGCACUAGUGUAAAGGAAAGAGAAGAGCCGACACCCAAUGGAAGAGAGAAAUAAAAUGGGGAGCUGCUGCGUUUAAAGUUCUGUAAGAGUGAAACCAGUCAGAGAUUGUUGUAGUUGUAGAGAGACAAAUAUUUUGUUUGUAAUUCGUUUUUUUCCCUCUUCUAUUUGAAAGUGUUUCUGGGUGUAUUUUGGGUUUGAGUUUGAGAGCACUCUUUAUAAUCUUCUUUUCCUUUUGUUUAUUAGUGGACCUUCCUUGCUGUCCCCGAACUGGAUGUAGGCUUACGCUGAACCAAUAUAAAUCUUUGUGUCAUUUUUAA